AUGAAGAGUUUGCUCCUGACCUUCUUGCUUCUGGGGCUGGUGGCUGUUCUGAAAGCACAGGAAGUCCCCUUGGAUGACCAAGAUGUCUCAGGAAUCUGGUACACAAAGGCCAUUAUGCACAAUGACAGCCUGCCGGAGGAUAAGAUGCCUAUGAAGGCCUUCCCCAUGAAGGUAAUAGCUCUGGAAGAAGGGAACUUGGAGACCAAGAUCACAUUCUGGAGAAAGGGUCACUGCCAUGACUUUAAAAUCUUGAUGAACAAAACUGAGGAGCCCGGCAAAUACACCGCCUGCAACGGCAGGAAGACUGUGUAUAUAGAGGAGCUUCCUGUAAAGGACCACUACAUCUUCUACUGUGAAGGACGGCACCAUGGGAAAUAUUUCAGCAUAGGAAAACUCGUGGGGAGAGACCCUAAGGAAAACCCAGAGGCCAUGGAAGAAUUUAAGAAAUUCACACAGCGCAAGGGACUCAGAGAGGAAAACAUCUUUGUACCAGAGAUGAGUGGCUUGCCAGGGCCCUGCUUCAGGUCUUGGCUGUGGGAGGGUCUGAGCUGCAGGUGUGAUGGGGGUCCUCUUACUGGGCCCUUCUCACUCCUGGGGUUCUUUUGGUUUCUACAGAUCAGUGUGUGCCUGGAAAUGACUAGGGUCUGCACAAGCCACGGCCUAGGUGUGGAGGUCGUGGUACAACUUUAUGGCAGCAACUCUCUUUCCAGUUACACGAGCCUUCUGGGGAUUGAGUCAAGCGGUCAGGCUGUGCAUGGCAAGUGUGUUUCUCAUUCACAGACCGCCCUGCUGGUACCAAUAGCGCGUUUUCUUCGCUGA